AUGGAUCCAGCAGCUCCAGGCCCUCUGGACCCUAGUGUCCUUACGAUGCAGGCGAGUCACAGGAGCAGUGUGCUAUGGGAUGUAAAGGUGUCCGAUACGGAAACCAUAUACACCAGGCAUCCCGAUUCAGCUCCAUGGGCGAUUGACGCACGGAUCGUCCCGUACCUUCAGCUUGCGAGAUUGCAUGACUUCCACCUGAUCGCGACAUGCCAUGUGCAUCGAUGCACGCCAGUUCGAAAGCUGGCAAGACAAAGUCCAAAGAGUGCUGAUGACGCCACCGUUGAGAGAUACGCUAGGGCUUAUCUCCUUUAUCUGAUUGGUGCUGUCUUGUUCUCCGACAAGACUGGCAACCGAGUACAACUAUUGUACUUGACGUUGCUUGAUGCGCCAUGGGAGGUCAUCUCCGGGUACAGCUGGGGUUCGGCAGCCCUAGCGUAUCUGUACAGGAGACUUUGUGAAGCUUCACAGAAGAACGUGAAGGAGAUCGCUGGUCCCCUGAUUAUUCUACAGCUUUGGGCAUGGGAGCAUGUUCUCAUUGGUCAACCGAUGAGGAGUGUGGGUCGUGGUGCAUUUGCGCCACCACUGCUUCCUCCCCCGCAUGUGCCAUAUGGAUCGCGGUGGUCCUUUGAAAGACGAACAAGGACCCACACUGGAUCGGGCGUGGGGUUCUACCGCGAUCAGCUCGAUCUAUUACGUGCUGACCAGGUAACAACUUCACCACAACUUGUUUUAUAAGUAUCAAAUUGAGUAAUUUAUUAAUCGAAUUUUCACGUUUAGUUUCUAUGGGACCCUUACCCCGCUGAGGCAUACGCUGCAUUGCCUCAGCACUCGGGCAUAUUGUCAGGGGCAUGGAGAGCAUCUGUACCUCUGAUCUGCUUCGACAUGGUCGAAGUGCAUCUCCCUGAGCGCGUACUGCGCCAAUUUGGGAUGGUACAGGGCAUCCCGCCUCCAUGCGACACAGAAGCGGAGCUCCACCACUCUCGCAAGGGUCGGGAUCCCAAGA